CUGCUGCUGCUUUAAAAAUAUACAGCUCUUUCCAACCGUGAGAGGGGCGCGACAGUUCACGGCACUUCUUUACGGCAGCCGUAAGAUGUUCCGUUGCUUUGAACGCCGAUCCAGAACAGCAAAGUGACGAUAACAGAAAAACUGAAAGCCACCUAACACUGACAACACGGCCCCAAAGAGCAGCAUUUAUACUCAGUUACUUGCCGCACACUGAUAAGCCGUGUCCUGAGCUGCUCUUUUGAAAUCGGAGGUUGAUAUUUUUGGGGGUUUUUACAUGAGUCGUUAGCCUCUCACUGCAAUGGCCUCCGACAGCAACAUGGACAGAGAAAUGAUCCUGGCCGACUUUCAGGCAUGUACCGGAAUCGACAACAUUGCUGAAGCGAUCACACUUCUAGAACUCAAUAACUGGGACUUGGUGGCAGCCAUCAAUGGAGUGAUACCACAAGAAAAUGGGAUCUUGCAAAGUAAUUUCUCAAGUGAAGCAUCUCAGACCGGCCCCUAUGGACCCCACAGCCAAUCAGAAGCCACAGCACCUGUGCCCUCAGCCCCGCCUUCUUCAGCAUCAGCAUCAGCUUCUUCCUCACCCCCAUCCUCAUCCAGCCCAGCCUUCUGCCCUGUCCAGCCCUCUCGGCACAUCGUGGAACGGCAGUCGCGGAUGCUCAGCUUCCGUGUGGAAUACAGACAGCGCUCCACAGAAGUGGUGCUGGAGGAUGCCAGCACAGUCGGAGAUAUUAAAUCUAUUUUAGAGACUGAGCUUCAGGUGCCUGUCUCUAAAAUGCAGUUAAAAGGCUGGAAGAGUGGAGAUGUAUCUGACAGUACUGUUCUGCAGAGUUUACAUCUGCCCAAGAACAACAGUUUAUAUGUGCUCACCCCUGAUAUUGCCCCUUCAGCCAGCACCAGCCAGAGCAGUGCCCAGCAAGGGUUGUCAAGUCAGAACUACCUGCUCGUCAUUAGCCACCGUGAAGCACAGAGAGAUUACAGCCUCCACUUCCCUGCCAGCAAAACCAUACAGGAGGUGAAAAGGAACAUUUCAGACCUGACAAACAUCCCUGUGCGGCAUCAACAGUGGGACGGCUGGCCUGCCUCUGCCUCAGAUGACUCGUUGGUAAUGUCAGGUAAAAGUCGAGAGAAUAGACCUCUGUGGGAGGGAAGCUCAAGUUGUCGAAAGUCUCCGAUGAUGCCAGAGAACAGUGAAAAUGAGGGUGAUGCCUUACUGCACUUUACUGCUGAAUUUUCUAGAAGAUAUGGCGAUUGCCAUCCUGUGUUCUACAUCGGCUCCUUGGAAGCAGCAUCUCAAGAGGCCUUCUACGGCAAAGCCAGAGAUAGAAAACUGCUGGCCAUCUACCUCCACAAUGACGAGAGUGUCCUCAGUAACGUGUUCUGCUCUCAGAUGAUGUGCGCAGACUCCAUAGUGUCAUAUCUCAGCCAGAACUUCAUCACAUGGGCCUGGGACGUUACUAAAGAAGCUAAUAAAGCCAGACUACUCACGAUGUGUACAAGGCACUUUGGCAGUGUUGUUGCACAGACCAUUCGGACGUACAAGACUGACCAGUUCCCAUUACUUUUAAUUGUCAUGGGCAAACGGACAUCAAAUGAAGUUUUAAAUGUCAUUCAAGGCAACACAACAGUGGAUGAGCUUAUGAUGAGACUCAUGGGAGCCAUGGAGAUCUUCACAGCACAGCAGCAAGAAGACAUCAAAGAUGAGGAUGAACGUGAAGCCAGAGAAAUGGUCAAAAGAGAGCAGGAUGAAGCUUAUCGUUUGUCUCUGGAGGCUGACCGUAAAAAGAGAGAAGCGCAAGAGCGAGAAGAGGCAGAGCAAGUCCGUCAGGAGCGAAUCAGGAAAGAGCAGGAGGAAGAACGAGAGGCUAUCCGUCUCUCAUUGGAGCAGGCCCUGCCACCAGAGCCCAAAGAGGAGGGCGGAGAGCCAAUCAGCAAGCUGCGCAUCCGGACGCCAAGCGGCAAGUUUUUGGAAAGGCAGUUCCUGGGCAGCUGUAAACUCCAGGUCCUGUUUGACUUCGUCGCCUCCAAGGGCUACCCAUCCGAUGAGUUCAAACUGCUCACCACCUUUCCACGCAGAAAUAUAACGCAGAUAGACCCGGCGUGGAGUCUGGUGGAGGCUAAACUCUUCCCUCAGGAGACCCUGUUCCUGGAGGCCAAAGAGUAGGACUGAUCUGAGACGUCCUGAGGCGAACAAGAAGAAUAAGCAAAGAACUUUUAGCAUGAUGUCCACAGCGACCAGACACACACACACACACACACACACAAGCCUUCUCACACUAUCACACAGUGCGUUGUAUAUGAAUGCUGAGUGUACAUUUUAUGCACACGGAGGCCUUCACAAGCACAUGGAUAAACGAUCACUCUCCUCUCAUAACUGCAGUGUAAUGUUCUUUUUCCACCCAAAACGUAAAGUAACCGAAAACAAAAAAAACUAAAAAAACAAGCAGAGGUGUGGAAGUCUAAAACAGCCAGCCUCACAGACAAGGACUUCUCACUGCGGCUGCUUUUUAGACAUGUUUUGUGUUGAAAUGAGACAAAAAA